AUGUCGAAUAUCUCUGAAGGCAUCGUCUCUACUUUCCUCCUCAUUGGAAUUCCUGGAUUGGAGCAUAUGCACAUCUGGAUAUCCAUUCCUAUAUGUUUCAUGUACAUCAUUGCUGCUCUUGGCAAUUGUACUAUCCUCUUCAUCAUCAAGACAGAACCUUCACUUCAUGAGCCCAUGUACUAUUUCCUAUCAAUGCUGGCCAUCUCUGACAUGGGCCUGUCCUUCUCUUCUUUACCCACUAUGCUAAGGAUCUUUUUGUUCAAUUCCCCUGGAAUCUCCACUGAUGCUUGCUUUGCUCAGGAGUUCUUUAUCCAUGGCUUCACUGAUAUGGAGUCCUCAGUCUUGCUGAUCAUGUCUUUUGAUAGGUUUUUAGCUAUCCGCAAUCCCCUAAGAUACAACUCCAUUCUUACUAGUGCAAGAGUUACUCUGUUAGGACUAGUGUUUGCUGUUAAAAGUAUCCUCUUAGUACUUCCCCUCCCUUUCAUUCUAAAGAGGCUGAUCUACUGUAAGAAAAGACUUCUCUCUCACUCCUACUGUCUGCACCAGGAUGUUAUGAAAUUGGCAUGCUCUGACAACAGGAUCAACUUUAUCUAUGGGUUUUUUGUUGCCCUCUGCAUGAUGUCUGACUUUGUGUUCAUUGUGAUUUCAUACAUGUUGAUCUUAAAAACAGUAAUGGGCAUUGCAUCCCAUGGGGAACGUCUCAAAGCCCUCAAUACCUGCAUCUCCCACAUAUGUGCUGUACUGAUCUUCUAUGUUCCUAUCAUUACCCUGGCUGCUAUGCAUCGCUUUGCCAAGCAUAAAUCUCCCUUGACAAUUAUCAUCAUUGCUGAUGUCUUCCUGAUGGUUCCCCCUUUAAUGAACCCUAUUGUAUAUUGUGUAAAAACACGGCAAAUCCGUGAGAAGAUUCUGGGAAGACUUGGAUUGAAGUGA